GCGGCGGCCUCCUCUUCUUCUCCCCUCACGCACAACCACCGCGUCGGGAACCCUCUGCCGGCCUCGUCGUCGUCGUCGUGUCCGGCGGCCCCGGCCCCGGCGUCUCCCGCUUCGCCGCCCUCUCCGCCCGCUCCCCUUCCUCCUCCUCCUCCGCCUCCGCCGGCCUCGUCGUGCUCGCUGGGCCCCCGCGAGCCGGCCUACAACUGGCAGGCCACCAAGCCGACGGUGCAGGAGCGCUUCGCCUUCCUCUUCAACAACGAGGUGCUCAGCGACGUCCACUUCUUGGUGGGGAAGGGCCGAGCGGGGGCCCAGCGCCUCCCCGCCCACAGGUUUGUGCUGGCUGUGGGCAGUGCGGUCUUUGAUGCCAUGUUCAAUGGCGGGAUGGCUACAACGUCCUCCGAGAUAGAACUACCCGACGUGGAACCGGCUGCCUUCCUUGCUUUGCUGAAGUUUCUCUAUUCGGAUGAGGUUCAUAUAGGCCCGGAGACCGUGAUGACGACCCUUUACACCGCUAAGAAGUACGCCGUCCCCGCGCUUGAAGCCCACUGUGUGGAGUUCCUCAAGAAGAACCUCAGGGCAGAUAACGCCUUCAUGCUCUUAACGCAGGCCAGACUCUUCGAUGAGCCCCAGCUGGCAAGCCUUUGCCUGGAAAACAUAGAUAAGAACACAUCUGACGCCAUCAACGCAGAAGGCUUCACAGAUAUUGACCUUGAUACACUGGUGGCUGUCCUGGAGAGGGACACCCUUGGCAUCCGUGAGGUGCGCCUCUUCAACGCGGUGGUCCGGUGGUCCGAGGCCGAGUGCCAGCGGCAGCAGCUGCAGGUGGUCCCAGAAAACAAGCGGAAAACCCUGGGCAAAGCCCUCUCCCUCAUCCGCUUCCCCUUGAUGACCAUCGAGGAGUUCGCAGCGGGGCCAGCUCAGUCGGGCAUCUUGACCGACCGCGAAGUGGUCAGCCUGUUCCUGCACUUCACCGUCAACCCCAAGCCGCGGGUGGAGUUCAUCGACCGCCCCCGCUGCUGCCUGCGGGGGAAGGAGUGCAGCAUCAACCGUUUCCAGCAGGUGGAGAGCCGUUGGGGGUACAGCGGGACCAGCGACCGGAUCAGGUUCUCUGUCAACAAAAGGAUAUUUAUCGUCGGAUUCGGGUUGUACGGAUCCAUCCACGGCCCAACAGAUUAUCAAGUAAAUAUACAGAUUAUUCAUACCGACAGCAACACAAUCCUGGGCCAGAAUGACACCGGCUUCAGCUGCGAUGGGUCUUCCAGCACUUUCCGGGUCAUGUUUAAAGAGCCCGUUGAGAUCUUGCCCACUGUCAGCUACACAGCCUGUGCCACCUUGAAGGGCCCCGAUUCUCACUACGGCACCAAAGGGCUCCGCAAAGUGAUCCACGAGUCGCCGACGACGGGCGCCAAGACCUGCUUCACCUUCUGCUACGCCGCCGGCAACAACAACGGCACGUCCGUGGAGGACGGACAGAUCCCAGAGAUCAUCUUCUACACAUAGGGGCCGCCGCGGGGGGAUAGCUCGCUGCCGGGCGGACGGCCAUGUGCUGCUGCCCCCCCUCCUCCCGCCUCAUCUCUCCCCCCUCCAUGCGCACCCCUUGCGUGUCCUUCCCAGCUGAAACCGCAGGCCGUCCUCUGCCGUGCUGGCAGGAGGGCUGCUAGCCGGGGCUGGGGACCCAGCGGGGCCGACACCGGGAGCCCACUGACGGGACGAUUCGCUGGCCUGAGUCGGGCCGGGACGGCGGCUAGCAAUUCCUUCUGCCCAGGCCGGCAGCUCGGCUCUACCAUUGCAUCGUGAACGUAGCCGCUUCUACAUCCAGCUGUUGCAGUGGGGAGGCGGGGGCAGACUCGCUCUUGCGGAUGGACAAUCCCUGCCAAAGGAAGCCCCCCUCUGUGCCAGGAUCAGGCCGGACAGGGGGAUGCGGCAGGGCAAGGAGGAAAUGUGUUUCUGACGGCUGGUCACCUGGCAAGGCUUGACCCAGAACGCCCUGGCCAGCCCAGGCUGCUCCUGCCCUCGCCGGGCAACUACCUUAUCGUGUCACGGGACAGAUUUUUUGGGGAGGGACUCAUCCCUGAACGCGAGGCAGUGGGGGUGAUUCGCAGCCACAAAAAGACUUGCCUUGUUUGAAGAGUAUUGGGAGUGGCUGAAGUCCCUGGACUCUGAUCGUCAAUAUGUUGCUUGCUGCUAAUAAUAAUAAUAUAGUGCAACUCAACAAUGCAUUUUACUCUUCUACGGUCUCCUUUUGAGUCUGGUUCCCAUUCACAAGCUGGUGCCGUGACUGCUGAUUUGCUCGUUUGGGGGUUGGUUUUCGAGCUGGGGCUACGGUGAGCUGCGUUUCCCAAAAACCCAGCAGCCAAACAGGUUUAAGAUUCCCCAUCCCUAGAAAACCCUGGGCGUCUUGGUGACCUGACAGAAAUGCAUCAAAGCUCGAAGGCUUUUGUGCUAAAGGUGGGAUCCCCACCAGCACUGAUGGGACAGUUCGUUUGCCCAUUCCACCCCCCCCCCCCCCGUGAAAUCUCCUGCCUGUGGAAACCUGCAAGCAAUUUGCCUUGGGUACGCAGCUGUCAUCACCUGAACCCUAGCUGUGCUCAAAAGCUGGCGCUGCUGAGCUUU